GUUAUCUAAUAACCAAUCUUAACUUCUAGUCUAAUCAUUGUUCUUUCUGUCUUGGGAAACAGGUUUGGCCAGUAAGGUCUUUUAGGGAGAGGUGAUCGCAGAAAAAAUGGUGGAUCCAAAAGCAUGAUCGUCCGACAAUGCAGGACAUAAUGCAGAGGAAAUUCUCUGAAAUCACAUUGGAUGAAAUGCUGAAAACCGGACAGCAAAGUGGGGUAGUUGCAAAAGGUUCUGUUUUUAAGUUUGUGGAAAGAGACAUAAAGCUCUUGUCAGAUGUCCAAGCCAUAUGCAGCCAUAGUUGGAGGUGCUGCAGCGGGGAUUGCAUUGCUGGUGAUAGUUAUUGGUUUCAUGUGGUUUUACAGAUCACAGUUUAAGAACUUGCUAAACAAGAAUUCUGAGACGGGAUCUUCAGACCCAUCUGCACAAGAAUCAACAGUGGAGUGGAAUAGAGGAGGUGGCUUUACUUCUGGAGGGACCUCUCUAUCUGGACCGCAGGGAGUGAAGAAAUUCACCUUGGAAGAGUUGGAGCAAGCAACCAAGCACUUCAGUAAAAGCAAUCUUAUUGGAGAGGGGAGUUUUGGUCUGGUGUAUAAAGGCUUACUUUGUGAUGGCACUAUCGUGGCAGUUAAAAGGCGACCGGGUGCUGCCCGACAAGAUUUUGUGAAUGAGGUACUUUAUCUAUCAGAGAUCAGGCAUAGACACCUAGUCACUCUUCUGGGUUUCUGCCAAGAAGAUGAUUCUCAAAUGUUGAUUUUUGAAUAUUUACCCAAUGGCAGCAUAUGCAGUCAUCUCUAUGAUACUGGGCAAGGUUCAACAACACAACUAGAGUUCAAACAAAGACUUUCUAUAGCUCUAGGGGCAGCUAAAGGUUUAUGCCACUUACAUGGUCUUGUACCUCCUUUAGCACACAAGAACUUCAAAACAUCUAAUGUCUUGGUCGAUGAGAAUUUCAUUGCUAAAGUUGCAGAUGCAGGGGUUUAUAAUCUGCUUGAAAGAAUUGGAGAUCCAGGGCCUUCAUCUCGAAUGACUGGUGGCAAUGUUUUACAAGAUCCUGAGGUGGGAGAAUCAGGAAAGUUCUCUGGAAUGAGUGAUGUCUAUAGCUUUGGGGUAUUUCUUUUGGAGCUCAUAACCGGACAAGAGGCAUUAAAGAUCAAUUCCUUGAGAAGCCAUGAAAGCUUGAUCCAGUGGGUAGAAUCACAUCUAUGUUCAAACAAUCUUGUGGACCAUCGGCUAGCCACCAGCAGUUUCACUUCAGAGGGAAUGAUGGAUUUGAUAAGGUUGACACUUCAGUGCAUGAGUUCACCUGGAAAAGGGCGACCAAAGAUGGACAUGAUCAUGUUGGAGCUUGACCGAAUACUAGAAAAGGAGAUGACAUUGACAACAGUCAUGGGUGAGGGAACUGCUACAGUUACCCCGGGGAGCCAAUUAUUUACCUCAGGGUGAAAUUGAAGACAAACAUUUGUUUGUUUCUCGUAGGCUAAAAGCCAAAGAAUGUAUUUAUCAAUAUUGAUAAGCUAGCUCUGGUUUCUUUUUCCCCUAAAGUGUGUAAAAUCCAGCUCUCAUUGGUGUCUGGAGGAAAGGAGAAAAAUUAGAACUUGAUUAAUGUGCACUAAUUCAUUUGUUAAGCUGGACUGAUAGCUUAACUGGGUUAAGCUUAUCAGUCCAAAAUUACUGUGUCUUGUUUCAAUAUCUGUA